AUGAAAGUAGGCUCAACCUACCACACUCCGGUACCAGUCCCACCGGAGUUCCUCGAGUCUCCGUUUUCGCUGUCUCUGAUGUAUGUCUACGACUUUCCAGAUGUUUCUACAAGUCAUUGUCCACUUUUUGCUGGCUACUUGAAAUCUUGUAGUUCAAAUGCAAGUGUCCUCCAAAUGAAUGAAUACGUUGCAAAGCAGCGGUCGGUGUAUUGGCACCUUCCACCGACAAACGAGAUGCGCGUCCAAAUGACUUUCCGAUGGGACUCGGCGAGCGCCUUUUUGGUGCGUGGCGAGAAUGGACUGGAAGGCAUAAAUGGCAAAAAGGAACUAAGCAUCUGGCUCUCUUCAGACUUGUCCUGUGUAAAGCAUGAAAAAUUGGCUCAUAAGGCAUUCGUCGUUCUACGGAUGUUUCGGCGAGCCUUCCCCCGUAUUACUCGCACGGAUUAUCAGAUACUCAAUGGCGUCUACGUGAGACUGCUUCUUUUAUAUUUACUCAGGUACAAGAAGGACGUAUCACUCAUUGAGUGUGUCCAUCAAGCAGCAUCGAAAACGGUUGCCUCUCUGAAAUCCAGGGGCUAUGAAGCGCAUCUCUGUCUUAAACUCCGAGGAGAUCUAAUAUUUACGUACGCCCGUUUUGAACAAGGUUUAGCCAACGGGUCUUUCACCACCGAUCCAGCUAAUCCACGACGGGGACAUGAUAAGAUUUUCAAGCCCAGAGGGUUCACUUUUAUGGAGCAAAAUUAUAUCUCAUUUCGGGUAGUUGCUGCGUGCUACACCCUUUUUUCACUUGUGCCUUUCAGAACAAAACCGACCCGGGAAACUUGGGCAAAAGCCUCGAUCCUUGUAUCAAUCCGUGAAUCCGUGAAUCCUCCGACAGACGGUCACGCUGAGAAUUUCAAGAGCAACGCUAUACCUUUUUGUCGCCUGUGCCUUUCAAAUGAACGACAAGGACAGACCGAUCGAAAAAACGUGGGCGGCCUUGAUCCUGUGCAUCAAUCCGUUAAGAUACUUUCCAGAUGCAACAAGAUGUUGAGGAAUGAUGAAGAAGUUCAACUGCAUAGCGUACGCACUGGUCAUGUUAAUUAUUCAGAAUCCACUGAGUCGGUUAAGCCGUUAACAGAAGAGGAACGGAAGCUACAAAUGGAAAAGCUCCAGGAGUUAUUGCAACAAAAGAAACUUCAGCGUGAAGCCAAAGAAAGAGAAGAAGAGCUGGAACGUGAGAAACAGCGUAGAAGACAAGGCAAGGACAUUGUGUCAGCCAAGGCGAAGUUUGAAGAAGACGAAAUGAAACGUCUGGUUGAACAAAGGCGUCGCGAGAAAGAGGAGGACAGAGCAUACAGGGAGCGACUCAAGGCGGACAUCGCUCGAGAACGCGAGGAGAAGAAAAUGCGUGAACGCGGGGAAGCUGCUGCAGCCCCUUAUUCUAAACCCACCCUGCCACCGCAAGCAACUAAGUCAGAUGCCACCCCAUUGAAAUAUGACUUUGGUGCAAAGGAACCGCUCAGCGCAGUUCGACUCUACGUAUGUCAGCAUUGGCCUAAUGGAUCAGAUGGAUUGGAUCCCGCUACGGUCAUUUUGUUCACAACGUUCCCAAAACGUGACUAUACGGAAGAUGAUAUGCAAACUGCUUUAUCCGACCUAGGAUUGUGCCCAUCUGCUGUACUUAUGGCCCGACGGAAAGUAUGCUGAUUGUGUUGUUGCCGUAAAAGCGCAAAAUUUUGUGACCCUCAAAUAUAUGGUUUAUUUGCUGACCGCCAACCCACUGACAGUUUUGGGGGAUGGAUUCCCAGUGUUUCCGCCAGUUCGUUUCAUUCACCUACGCUACUGCAUAUCUAUUCUAAUAGAAUUUGUUUCAUUUCAGCUGAUGUUUAUGUAAACUCCGGAGAUUUUUUCAGGUCCAAUGCUG